CGCAGGUGACCCCGCUCCACAUCGCUAGCGCCAUGCUCUUGGCGUCCCCGGCAACGGCAGGCAUCCUCCGCGCCGCCUGCGCCAGGUCCCAGUCCCACCUGCUGCAGCACAGCGCGCUCGACCUCUGCCUAGGCGUGGCGCUCGGCCGCCUCCCCUUGGCCAAAGGAGUCAGGGCAGCGUCCGCCGUCGCCCACGACGCUGACCGCGUCGAGCCGGCGCCGUCGAACGCGUUCGUGGCCGCGCUGAAGCGGGCGCAGGCGCAGGCGCAUCGGGGGCGCACGGGCGGUAAGGUCGAGCUCGAGCAGCUCGUAAUCUCCCUCCUCGACGACCCGAGCGUCGACCGCGUCAUGCGCUCGGCCGGCUUGUCGAGCUCCCAGGUCAGAGCCAGCGUCGUCUCGUCAGAGCAGUUAAAUAGGGCAAGUUCCGACGUCACGCCUUCUCCCAGUCCGGUUCCCAUGAAGGCUAGGGCUGGUGGACAAGCAUCUCUUUCUCUUCAGACCGUCCCGGAACCUCACACGCCGGUCGUCGCCGACGUCGUCCCGGGCGGAAGUGAAUGUCAAGCGAACAAAGCAAAAUCAGGAUCAGGGCAGCCGGCUUUCUUAUGCGGCACGAUGGUAGACGCAACGACGGCGAUCCUGCCUCCGUGGCUCCACCGCCACAAAUGUACAACAUACACCAGUACAACAUACUGCGGCACGAGUCUUCAAGCAAACGGUGCUUGCAGCCGGCCGAAGUUCACGGAGCUCACCGCGCAAAAUCUCAGGAUCCUGUGUGACGCGCUUGAGCAGCGAGUUCCGCGGCAUGCAAACAUCGUUCCCGGCAUAUCCAGCACGGUGCUCCGGUGCCGAUCCGGCGUGACGAGACGGAGGGCGGGGAACAAGGCAACGACCUGUCUGUUCUUCCGAGGAAGGGACGGUAGCGGCAAGAUGGCGGUUGCUCUGGAGCUCGCGAGGCUUGUGUUUGGCUCCUACGCCAAAUUCACCGCCCUGCAGGGUAGCACCGACAUCCCCGCGCGCACCGGCAAACUCGCCAUCAAGAGGCAGCGAUCACCGCACAAUGGCGGCGACAUUGGAGCGAGGCUGUUCGAAGCGAUCGAGGAGAACCCUCACCGUGUUAUACUGAUAGACGAAGUCGACCGACUGGAUCGCAAUUCAGAAAUACUCAUCAAGAAUGCAAUCGCAGGAGGAACAAUGGCGGGGGGAUGCAACGGCAACGUGGUCGGUCUGGAGGAUGUCAUCCUGGUGCUGAGCUCUGACCUGUGUGAGUCGGCGUCUGUGGCUUCCGCUUCCUCCCCACGGGUGAAGCGACGACAGAACAACGAGGACAAAGAUGAUGCCACGGACAUUGAAGUGAGACCACGUCGUCGUCUUUGCUGGGAUCUGAACGUUUGUGUAGUGGAUGGGGAAGAGGAGGAAGACAAUUUGGCUGACGACGAGGGGUUCCUAAAUGUUGUGGAUGGUGUUUUCCUUUUCAAUUAGCAGAGCUGCAGAGGAUAAUCUUCUUUCAGACCAUUCUAGGUGUUUUCAACUCUUUUGAAAAUGGAUGGCAGGUGUUAG